AUGUCUGCGUACAGCGGGUCCACCAACCAGUUCUUUGCUGCCGAGUCUACCAUGGGCGACGGCCCGCUGUCUCCUCUCUUCUCUCCUCUGCCCUCCCCUCCUCCUCCCACCGAGGCUGGCGAGCCUGUCGAGGCCGUCGAGGCUGGUGUGAACGACCUGGCCCCCCAGGUUUCUCCCUUCUCGGCCCCCUUUGCCGCCGGGUCUGUCGAGAGUGACUCCGCAAUGUCUUCCCUCUUCUCUCCUCCUCCCUCUCCUUCUCAUAUUGCCGACGAGACCACUGCCACCACCAUCGGUGACGAGAACGACCUCGGCUAUGACUACAGCGAUGACUCUGCCCUUUCGCCGCUCUUCUCUGCCCCUCCCAGCCCUUCUCCUGUCUCCGAGACUAUCAACACCGCCGUCGGUGACGAAAACAAAGUUGGAGAUGACUACAGCGAGGAAUCUGCCCUCUCGCCCCUCUUCUCUCCUCCUCCCAGCCCUUCGCCUGUCGAGGCCUCAGCCACUACCUCUGCCCGCUCUCGUUCGCCUUCUCUGCCCCCUAUCGCCCCCAUCGUCAUCCCCACCACCAAGCCUGCCAGCGAGAAGGUCUACCUCGGCCUCCCCCUCCCUGGUAUUCGUGGCCCCACUGUCCCCGCUCAGGUCGGUAGCACACAGCUUGAGAAGCCCAGCGAGAAGGUUCACCUUGGCCUCCGAAUGCCUGGCAUCCGUAUCCCCGCCCUCCUCCCCAACGCUCAGCCUGAGAAGACCUGCGACAAGUCCAAGCCCAAGGCGAGGUCUUCAGCUCAUGCCACUAACACCAACAUCUUCAAGGCGACCGGCGGCCAGGAUCCGGGCAUGGAGAAGAAGAGGCAUGUUGAGGCUUGCAAGCAGCGCCAGAACAAGCACGACGACCACGACUUUAGCGCUCUCGCUUCCCUCUUUACAUCUCCCGCCGAGGGUGUCAUGAACGAUGUGAUUGACCUCACUCUCAUAGAUUCCCCUCCUUCCUCUCCGUCUCCUGUGUGCCUUUCGACACCUGUCAAUACCUCUUCCGUCGUUGGCCAACGCGACAGCUCUAGCGACAAGUCCAAGGCCAAGGCUCGUUCUUCCGCUCACGCCAACAUGUCCAACACCAUCAAGGCCAGCGGGAGUCAGAGUCCAAGCGGGGACAAAAAGACGCACGCUAAGGGGUGUAAGCGCAAGAGUAACUCUUGCGAGUACUGCAAGCGGCGUCAGAUCAAGUGCGAUCGGGACGACUACAACGCCUGCACCGCCUGCCUCAAGAAGGGGACCGACUGUGUAUACAACAUCGUCCCAGGCAAACGAGGCGCGUUGAAGGCUUCGCAAGAGGCCGUCGCCAUGGGCCGUACUCUCUCGGGUAGCCUCAUCAACGGCGGCUUGCCUUCUACCCCUCGCCUCUCGUCUUCGCCGAGCAGCAACGCCUCAGUUGCUAUCCACACCCCUCCUCGCGCCGCCCCCGCCACGUCUACCGUCGUCGUCCCCGCCUAUCUCUAUCCCCAGUUGGCGUCGACCUCCUCGGUCCACUUCAACAUCGUCGCUGCGCCUUCUGCCCCGGCACCUUCUUUCCGCGCCUCCCACCCCUCCCAACUUCCUGUUGCUCCCGUUGCUACUGGUCCAGAAGUGAAUCUCGAAGGCGAGUUCGACUUUGACUUUGACCAGUUUUACAGGGACAUCGGGCUGGUUGCCUCCGCCCCCGAAGCCGCCCCCGUCUCCUCCAGCUUCGCGCCCAACCCCUCCUUCUCUGCUAUCCCUCCUCCUCCUCCCAUCCAGCCCUUCUCGAGAGCGGCUCCCAUCGCGCCACUUCUUCCUGCUGCUGACGAGCAAAGGGCUGCCGUCAGCCAGCAGCAGUGGACCUUGGCGCAGUGGUGCAGGGACAACGGGAUCGAUGAGGCGACUUUCCUCACCAACCCGGUCUUCCAAAUCCCAGGACUCGCUGAGGCUGCGCCCGUCCCCGUGCCGGUGGAGAGUGAGAAGGAGAAGGAGAAGAGAGAGGCGGCGGAGAUUGCCAACAUUGUGGCAUUCUUCAGCACGCCGGAGAUGAGGAGCUUUAACGACGUCGGCUGUUGA